UUCACUCCCUCACGAGGCAUUACAUUACUCCUACAUUGCCUAUUUACCUAAACAAAACCUCAAAAUCUCAAUCGAAACCUCCCCAACUUUGCUAAAUGGGUUCGUACUGCAACUUGCAGUCGCAGGCUUUCCCUCAGCCGUCUUUACUAUUUAUAAUUAAAUACCCUUUUCAAUUAUUAUUACCUUACACCAUGCACAAAAGAUGUGCUACUCUCAGAAUCAAAAAAAUACCUUCAUCCUCAGCCUCAGAUUCUUCUCCCUCCCUCAUUUUACUAGUACUUGGUUUUAUUAUUAUUGAAUAUUGGAUGUAUUCUUUCCCCCUUCCACUCUUGCCCUGUCCGUCCAGUCCACAAUAAUGACUCUCUUUCUACCCUCAUUAUCACUCUUUUCAGUUACUUUUCCUUUUCUUCUUCAAUUCAACCCUUUAUAACGCUCAUGCUCAAACAACCCUUCCAUUCAAUUCAAUUCAAGUUUGGAUUUUUAAUUUAAAUUUAAUAAUUUCUUUGAGGGGUUUCUGGGUGUUUCUUAAUUAUCCCUUGUCAGAGGGCCUAUUUACUGCCCCUGCCACAGUCUUUUCGUAUGGUAUUCACACCUAACCUCAUUUGCCGCUUCUUCUUUGUCACUUACCAUUACUGAUACUUGUGCCCCCUUCCUUAGUGCAUCAACAAGGACUUCUGCUAUUACUGCCUGCUACCUCUGCCAUUUCUUGUUCUGUCUAUUUCACCUUCCUCUCUCUCUCUCUCUCUCUUCAAUGGCCACUUCUCCCACCACCACCACCACCACCACCACCGUUCGUUCUUCUUCCGUCCCUUCUCUGCCUCCACCCUCCCCCAAGUCCCCGCCGGAGUACCCAGAUUUGUAUGGCAAGCGCCGUGAAACCGCCAGGGUUCACAUGCUCGAGAGGGAAAUCACUUUUCUCGAGCAGGAAGAAUUAAAAUCUGUUGAAGGCCUUCAAGCAGCUUCAAGAUGCUGCAAAGAGAUUGCUGAUUAUGUGAUGGCAAACGCAGAUCCUCUGUUACCUUCAACCAAGAAGAACCGUCGAUCAUGUGGCUUCUGGAAGUGGCUCUGUGGCAUGCCCUGUUUUAACCUCUCUUGGAUCUGUUGCUGCUGUUGCUGCUGUGAAGGGUUAUCUUUACAACUAAAAUUGCCACGCUGCUGUUGUGACUGCAAACCAUGCAGUUGCAGUUGCAGCUGUCUUCCAUCCAUCAAAUGCUGCUCCUUACCAAAGUGGAGCUGUUGUUGCUCUUGCCCCAAAUCAAAUUGCUGUAAAGAGGGUUGCGGUUUUGGAAAUUGUUGUACUUUCCCACGUAGUUGCAAUUUUGGGUGCCCAACUUGUCCAUCUUGCCCCUCUUGCUGCAGUUGCAAAUGCACCUGCACUUGCUCUUGCCCAAGCUGUCCAAAGGUAAGCCCAUGUUGCUGUUGUACAAAGUCAUGUUGGAGACCUUGUUGUUUUUGUUGCUAGUAUACUCCUUCCAAAGGGAAAAGCAAAAAAAAAAAAAGAAGAAGAAAAAAUCUGAAGCUUUUGUUAUCAAAAUUGCAUUCAUAAUAGCUAGAGUAUAAAUUUUGGAAAUAUAAAGGGUUAUAAAUGUUGUAAGUUAGAUUGUGCACUAUAUGGAUACUUGAAGCAAAUGUAGUAUUAUAACUGUGGGUCAGAUAAGUUGGAUCCUUUGCUGUUGUUAAUCUCCAAUGUUGCAAGUGAAAUGAAAGACGCAAUAGUAGAAAAUAGCUAUUGAUUACGAUUGCAUGCUUUGAUCAGUUUAAUCAAUGUUUGUUCCAUUUUGUUAA